AUGGCGACGCCAGAACAAUACGACUGCAUCGCCAUUGGCUCUGGCGAAGCAGGAAAGCUCGUCCCUCUGGUCCUCUCCAGCCAAUACGGCAAGAAAUGUGCCAUCAUCGAGCGUAAAUGGAUCGGCGGCUCCUGCCCCAACAUUGCCUGUCUUCCCACAAAGCACAUCAUGCACGCAGCCGAGCUGGCUCAUGAAUGUCGUAUGGCUCAUAAACACGGCCUUGAUGUCAAAGAGGCCAAGUCAUUGAAGGCCGACUUGGCUCUGGUGAAGAAACGCAAGGACGAGAUGCUCGAGACUGUCAACGGAUUCCAAGAUCUAUUGGUACAAGGCAAAGUAGAGAUUAUUCGCGGCGAGGGUCGUUUUGUCGGCCCUAAAGUCGUGCAAGUAAGCAAUGGACGACUCUUGACCGCCGAACACAUCAUUAUCUGCACCGGCUCUCGUGCUAUGGUGGAUGCCAGCAUCCCCGGCCUUGUCGACGCAGACCCCAAUGACUCACAUUGA